AUGCAGCGGGAGCUGGGCACGCUGCCGCUGGCCCCCUCCCUGCGUGCCCGCCACGCCGCCGCUGCCUUCCAGACGGCGCAGGAGCUGCUGGACACCGGGCCCUGCGGCCUGAGCAAAGAAAUUGGAAUCUAGGAAGAGGCGCUGGAAGCGCUGCAGGUGAUGAGGGAGGAAUGUGACGGCAAUGCAGCAAGGCCAACUGGGGGAUCAGGUGCCACCAGGAAGUUCACAGCCCUGGAGCUUCUGGAAGAAGAGCAAACCCAGGGUUUCAUCAUCACCUUCUGCUCAGUACUGGACAACAUCCUGGGAGGUGGGGUGCAGCUGACAAAAAUCACCGAGAUCUGGGGAGCACCCGGUGUUGGCAAAAUGCAGCUGUGCAUGCAGCUGGCAGUGGAUGUGCAGAUCCUGGAGUGCUUUGGGGGCGUUGCUGGAGAAGCUGUGUUCAGUGACACCGAGGGAAGUUUUAUGGUGGACAGAGUGGUGGACAUUGCAGCUGCGUGUGUGCAGCACUGCCACCGUAUUGCUGAAGCUCAGCAAGAAGAGGAUCAUCAGAAAGCUUUGGAGACUUUCUCUCUGGAAAAUAUCCUCUCUCACAUCUAUUACUUCCGUUGUCGUGACUAUGGCCUUUUUCCCCCAUUGAUUGACCUGUGGCAGUCCUGUAGAUCCAAAACCACCGUCCUUUCCAUCUCACUGAUCAGCCCUGGGAACACAGGAACGGAAAGGCACGAGCUGAGCGAUGCGCGUUCCUGCAGGAAUAGUGACAGGAGGAGAAGGGAUGGAAACCAUAGCACGUAUUUGACCUGUGAAAUCUGCAUCAAUGACUCCCGGGUGAACAAAGAUUCCCUGGAGAGUGGCACUAGAUCGUCCCACGAGCAGUGCACUCAGCCCCUGGCCCAAAGGUCCAAAGGCAUCCAGGGGAGCCUUAUGCACACCGGCAGAGUCUAG